AUGAAAACAAUGGGUUCUAAAGAUUUAGUUAAAAUAUUUAGUCCUCCUAUUAAUGUAGACUUCUUGAAUAAUAUGUUUAAUGAAAAUCUUCUUUCUGCUGUUAUGUAUAAUAAAAUUCUUCAAUUUAAUCAAUCACAUGUCAUUAGAAAAUUAAAUGAGUUGUAUGUCGAUAAAAAUAUCUUUGAUAUCCUUCAAUUAAACAGUAUUGAAUUGAUUAGACACUUUAAUAUAGAUAGUAACAUCUUUCUAAAAUGGAAACACAAGGGAAAUAAAAUAAUGUGGUUACAUACUCCUGUUUGUACUUUAAUUCUCAAUAAUCUUCUUAGGCCAGGAAGUUGGGAAGUAAUUGAAAGAAUAGAAAGUAAUGAAAAGAAUGAGAUAUUCAGUAUUCAUGGGAAAUUAGUCUUAUGGUUAGGAAAUGGUACACAUUAUGAAACGGAUGGGUAUACCACUAAAUUCUUUGAACAAAAAAUUACUUCUUCAAAUUAUUACAAUGCUAUGAAAUCUCAUAGAACAUGGUUUACUCUUCUAUUAUUGUCUCAAUCUUUUCGAUAUUUUCUUUCUAUUAAUAGUGUCAAUGUUGAAAUAAUGGAAAAUAUAGGUCAAACUGAAAUAUUCUUAGAUGAAUUAAAAAAGAACAAUCACAGUCUAAAAUGUAUAGAACCUAUUCUUAUUGAACAGUCUCAUCACUUGAAUCAAAAUGAUGUUAAAGAGAUUCGUUUGAAUGAGGAUGUUGAACAUUCUAAUUCUAGUAGUACUAUGACUACUCAUACUUCUAUGAUUGAGAAGAUUCCGUUAAAAGAAACUGAUGAAUCUAUUAAGAUUAUAACAGUCAAUGAUAAUGCUACUCAUACUAUUAAUUUAUUUAACAAUGAAAAUGAUAACUUAGAUGAUUUUUAA